UAAAUUAUAUUUUUGUCUCUUAAGUAUUUGCAGACCACAAUUCCACCCUAUAUUUGAACCCAUUUAACUGUCUGUUGUACCAGGUAGCUGUUCUACUUCCAGAAUCAUUUUUAAAUGCUCGAAAUGCAUCAAAACAAACAUCAAUUUGCUGUGGCCGGCCAUGUUUUCAGAGGUUGAGCAAUGAAACGCAUUUACCUCGGAAGUCAGAAUUUCCGAGUGCAAUCGAACGCAGCAUUACGUCCACAAGAUUUCAGUAAUGAAUCGGUAAACCAGCCAGCUGAGAAGAAGAGCCGCACUGCGCAUGUGUAAAAGGACAGUAUGGCCGCAUAGUGUAGUUUCUUCACUAUUCUCCUCAUGGCUCUCGUUCCGUAUAUAGAAAACUCGCUCCCUGCGCUUUCCAAACUCCAUAAUUCAUCCGCGCAGUUCCGGUUUGCAAACCGCGACCUCCACCUGGUCCAGGACUGGAGGAGGCUCGGGGUCGCAGCGGUGGUGUGGGAUGCGGCGGUGGUGCUGUGUCUGUACCUGGAGAUGGGGAAGGUGGAGCUAAAGGGGAAGGAGGUCAUUGAACUGGGAGCUGGGACUGGACUGGUGGGCAUCGUAGCAGCCCUGCUGGGUGCCAAAGUGACCAUCACGGACAGAGAGCCAGCUCUGGACUUCCUGUCAGCCAACGUCCAGUCCAACCUGCCCCCAGACUCCCAUCAGGCAGUGCAGGUGUCUGAGCUGACCUGGGGCCAGGGUCUGGACCGCUACCCUGCUGGGGGCUUUGAGGUGGUGCUGGGUGCAGACAUCGUGUACCUGGAGGACACGUUUGUGCCGCUGCUGCAGACUCUGGAUCACCUGUGUUCAGACUCCAGCGUGGUGCUGCUGGCCUGCAAGAUCCGCUACAAGCGGGACACGGACUUCCUGAGCAUGCUGGAGCAGCGCUUUGUCCUCGAAGAGGUCUAUUACGACAAACAAAGGGACAUUUACGUGUAUAAAUCCUGGAAAAUGCAACCGAAGAAGGAUUUGUGACAUCAGCGUCUUUGUAAUAGGGCUGGGCGAUAUGGCCCCUAAAAAAAAAUCACGAUAUUUCAGGCUAUUUUUGCCAUGACGAUAUUAGGAAAUACUUAAAAAGAGAUAGAAAAUGAUUUUUUUUAGUCUGUGUAAAUAAAUAAAAAUCUAAAAUGUAGUUUGAAGUUCAAAUCUUUGCAAAACAGACUCUUGAGUAUGAGAAAAUGAUAAAAAAUAACCAUUUAGGGGUUCCGGGGGCAUAUUUUAAUGACAUUUUGUAAAGGAGAAUAAAGGUUCUUGUAUGUUUUAUUUAAGGCAUCUUAUUUUGACAGUCUUCUUGUAAAUUCUGUGGUGGAUUCUGUUAACACACUGUGCUCUUAUUUUGAAAGCUGCAUGUGUUUAGCGACAGGAAGUAAGUAGCUUUUUGUGAUUAAAACAACUUUAACCACGACAUCAAGAAGUAGGAACGUUGCCAAUAUC